UCGCCCGUCACCUACUCCAACCGCCGCCGCUGCCGCCGCUAGGGUUUAGGAUCCUUCGCCGAUGUCGACCACAAGGCGGCCCCCCUACCGCCGCGGACCCCCUGCCACCGGCUACGUGCGCCGCGGCCCCAUGCCCGCUGACGCCGCCAAGCCUGCCCCCGCCGCGCCGCUGCCCCUGCGCAAGCCCGUCUUCACCACCGUCGACCAGCUGCGCCCCCAGACGCACGGCCACACCCUCACCGCGCGCGUCCUCUCCGCCCGCACCGUCCUCGACAAGGCCUCCCCGCAACUCGGCCGCACACGCGUCGCCGAGUGCCUCGUCGGCGACCACACCGGCACCGUCCUCGUCACCGCCCGCAACCAGCAGAUCGACCUUGUGAAGCCUGGCACCACAGUGAUCUUCCGCAAUGCCAAGAUUGACAUGUUCAAGGGGACAAUGAGGCUGGCAGUUGACAAGUGGGGGCGGAUUGAGGUGACGGAGGAUGCCGACUUCCAGGUGAAGGAAGACAACAACAUGUCGCUAGUGGAGUACGAGCUGGUGGACGUGGUGGAGGAAGAGGAUUGAGUCAUGACUUGGGAAUUAAUGAAGUCAGGCUGUGGACAUAGAUUUUAAGGCAGUGGUAGCAGUAGGGGCUCCUUUGGCCCUGGAAGGCUGGCUAUUGGAAGGAAGUUUAAGAGUUGAAGAUGCAGGUUAUGUACAGCAGGUCUGACUGAUGCUUUUCUGCAAGGCCUGGUCUCGCUCCUUUUAUGUUUAUUAUCGAGUGUUGUGGGUGUUGAGUUAAUUGGGAAGCCUAUUCUGUUGAACUUUUAUUGUUACGAAGUUGGAUCUGAAGAAGGUGGCAAUGGUUUUUAUGA